AUGUCUCAUAGAAAGGGUCUCCCACCAACGCAUAGAUAUAGGUCGAAGAAGGCUUGGUUUGAUGGACACGCUGAACACGGGAGAAAGUCUAGGAUACUAUCUGGUCAUGACAUUUCCAAUAACCUGAAGCACUUUGUUAACAACUUUGGGAAUUUUAGAGAAGGUAGAACGAAGAGGAAAAGAACAGUGAGUGUUGAAGAAGACUGUGAUAUUGAGGACGUUUCCAGUGAAUCUGAGGCAGAGGAAGAAGAUGAAGUUGAUGAGGAGGAGUUGUCAAGAUGGAAAAAAAGAUCAAUCUUCUUUCAACUUCCUUAUUGGGAGGAACUACCCGUGAGGCAUAAUUUGGACGUAAUGCACAUUGAGCGAAAUGUGGCAAAGAGCAUUGUCUCAACGUUACUUCACUGUGGGAAUUCGAAGGAUGGUCUCAAUACACGUAAGGAUCUGGAACAUCUUGGUAUUAGAAAGGAUCUGCACCCGAGGGCCAAAGGGAAAAGGACUUACCUACCAGCAGCACCUUGGUCUUUGUCGAAGAGUGAGAAGAAAGUAUUCUGCAAGCGACUUUCUGAUUUUAAAGGACCUGAUGGAUAUUGUUCAAACAUAUCUAGGGGUGUUUCAGUAGAAGAGUGUAAGGUAUCAGGUCUCAAAUCACAUGAUUAUCAUGUGCUGAUGCAACAGUUACUCCCGGUUGCAGUUAGAGGAUUAUUACCUAAAGGCCCGAGACUAGCAAUAUUACGGAUGUGUGCAUUCUUCAACCGGUUAUGCCAGCGAGUAAUAGAUGUAGAGCAGAUUUCAAAAAUGGAAGCAGAAGUUGUGGAAACUCUCUGUAUGUUUGAGAGAUUUUUUCCUCCAAGCUUCUUCGACAUAAUGGUUCAUUUGUUCAUCUUGGAAGGGAAGCUAAACUAUGUGGUCCAACACAUGAAGAUCCUGAAAGACUAUGUUAGAAACACUGCGAGGCCAGAGGGUUGUAUUGCUGAGUCCUAUCUUGCAGAAGAGUGCAUGCAGUUCUGCAAUGCGUUUCUUAAAAAGACAACCAAUGUGGAGGAGAAAUUAGAUAGGAAUGCUGACUAUGAGAGCCAGACAAUCCUAGAGGGACGUCCAAUAUCGGCACCAAAAUCAAUUAACCUCUCUGGAAUGGAGAAGAAAACAGCCCACCUUGCUGCAUGCAUCUACAAUUUCUACAAGACACAAAUGCAAGAUGUAGACGUGAUGCAACAUAUUUGUGGAAUAAAAGUGGAUUCUGAAACACAUGGAGAGACUCUAAAAUGGUUGGCAUAUGGUCCAUGUAGUACUGCAAGGUCAUAUACAGGCUACAUAGUGAACGGACAACGCUUUCACACACACUCAGUUCAGAGGAUGAGCCAAAACAGUGGAGUAUUUUAUGAGGCUACUGCAAUGUGUAGAGCGAGUGCAAAAGACACUUCACAAGUCGUCGAUUUGGUAUCAUACUAUGGGAGAGUUACAGAGAUUAUCUUGUUGGACUAUAAUGUCUUUUACGUCCCUCUAUUCAGGUGUCAAUGGGCAGUACGAGGAAACGGAGUUAAGGUGGAAGAUGGGUACACACUUGUUAACUUGAAUCAGUCUCAAGUUUCCUUUAAUAGGGAUCCAUACAUAUUAGCUUCUCAGGCAAAACAAGUGUUUAACUCAAGGGAGGAUGAUACAUCCUGCUGGUAUGUUGUCCUAAGAGGUCCAUCAAGAAGAUACAAUGAAACAGAAGAAGAAGAUGUCAACAUAGAUAUUGGACCAUUGCCAUCAAUCAUUGAUAUGGUUGUUGAAAUAGAUGAAGCUCACAAUGCCCGAGUUGAUUGUGAAGGCAUAUAUGUGUGA